UGGAAGGUGGUGUGGCAACACUGAACAGUGUGACCGUACCCCGGCGGUUAUCAGCUGGUCCGGAAAGCGAAAUUGCAGAAUAAUAACAAAAACCACCCGGAUAAGUCCCGCCAAGCCAUGCCGAUCUCGGAGAUCCACAAGCGAGGUCUCCGGGAUUUACUUGUGAACGAGAAAAACUCCCCCGUCCUGCUCCAGCUGGCCAAGGGCACCACGAAAAAUGUGUUCAAAACCGAGGAUCCAGAGGAGGCUCUUCGAUUGCUCACCUCGCACAUUCCGGAUAUUUACAUCCUGCUCUCCAAGCGGACCAUAACCAGGGAGCUACUCUUCACGUACCUGCACAGCAGACAAGCGAAGACAGCCACAGAUUUCACCAAGGCGGACCUAAUAACCAAGGUGAUUCAGUAUUGGGAAGAGGGGCAUGUGGAUCAGGAGGAUCCGGAGUACAGCAGGAGCAGCUCGGUUUCGAACGGCCAGUCCGCCGUUGUCCCGGUUUAUAAGCAGACCGAAGCGAAGGAUUACCCCAUUCACGCGAUGGCCAGGAAGUUCGGCGAGUGGUUCUUCGAGCGCUUCAAUUCCGACAGCCUCAGCUUGGUGGACCUGUGGGCCGAUGCGAGCCUCCACCUGACCAUCAUGGCCAGCGAUGGCGUCAACGAGCUGGAGUGCACGUCGGCAGCCGAGGUGCUGUCGGCACUGACGAGCGCCAAGCAACAGUUCGGCUUCCACUUCAAUCCGAACUUGACGCACGCCGGGAUUCAAGGACGGAUGGACGCCUAUGGCCAGGUGGUGGUGCUCUGCUGCGGCACUCUGCACACAUGCGAUAGCUCCGUCGGUGUCUUCGAGUGCGCCUUUGGUCUGCUGCGAGAUCCCUACGCCGAGAACAACUGGAAGCCCAAGAAAGUCAAGUGGCUGCUUAAAAGCGAGCUGCAGCCUCCGGAACUUCAUAGCCUCUGCUCAAGCGAGACUUUGCAGGCAGCUCUGGAGCUGCCGGUGCCCACUGAUGACUUGCCCUAG